CUGACUGCGUUAUCAAACAUUUCAGUUUACAUAUUAUGAGUACCUAGUAGUAUAAAAUAACUUCCAGAAAAGUGAUCCACGCAGUACUCGUGAAGUUGAAGAUAUGAUGAGCCCAAAGCAUUUGACUUUGCUUCGCUACCUGAUUUAUAUUUGUUUAACAUUCAAUCUCGUAGCUGCCGAAAGUCAGGAACUUCAUUAUAAUAGAAAAUUUCCAGAUGAUUUUUUAUUUGGCGCAGCUACUUCAGCGUACCAAAUUGAAGGUGCUUGGAAUGUAGAUGGAAAAGGAGAAAGUAUUUGGGAUACUUACGUUCACAGAGUACCCUCCCCAAUUAAAAAUGGAGAUACUGGAGAUAUUGCAUGUGAUAGUUAUUACAAAUACAAAGAGGAUGUCAAACUUGCUGCUGACCUCGGUAUAAAACUAUAUAGAUUUUCGAUAUCUUGGCCAAGAGUAUUGCCUACUGGAAAAGCCGACAAUAUCAGUGAAGCUGGUCUCAAUUAUUAUAAAAAUCUAGUUAAAGAAAUUCGUAACUACGGCAUGAUUCCAGUCGCUACUAUCUACCACUGGGACCUUCCUCAGAAGCUCUAUGAUGAAGGUAUUCAUUGGAGUAAUGUUAGUUUGGUACCAUAUAUUGUAGACUAUGCAAGAAUUGUUAUAAAAGCGUUACCUGACGUAGGAUAUUGGGUUACCAUCAAUGAGCCAAAACAAGUCUGCCGUAUCGGAUAUGGUGCCACUAUGCUAGCGCCUGCUUUAAACAGCAGUGGGCUCUUGGAAUACGAUUGUGCCUAUGUGCUUGUUAAAUCCCAUGCUGCUAUUUAUCGUAUGUAUAAAAAGGAGUUUCCCGAUUAUAAAGCGAAAAUGUCCAUAGUCAUAGAUUGUCAAUGGAUAGAGCCACAAACAAAUGCGCCUAAGGAUAAAGAUGCCGCUGAACGACAACUUCAAUUUGAAUGUGGCUUAUAUUUCAAUCCCAUCUUCAAUAAUGGUGACUGGCCAAAAGUAGUGAAAGACAGAGUAGAUUUUAGAAGUUUGAAAGCUAACUUAACUACAUCCAGACUCCGAGCUUUCACUGAAGAAGAAAAAAUAUAUAAUAAAGGAACAUAUGAUUUUCUGGGAUUAAAUCAUUAUUAUACUAUGUUAGCUAGGGACGAAGCAGAAGAAGCGCCAUUUAAUGAAACCAAUUAUGAAAAUGACGUUGGAACUGUUGACUCAUUCGAUCCCAAAUGGGUUGUAGAAUCAAAUGGAUUAUUUGUGAUAGUUCCUGGUGGUGUGUUUAAAAUGUUGAAAUGGAUUAAACAGAAUUAUGGAGAUCAAGAUAUCAUAAUAACUGAAAUAGGAAUGAGCGACAAUGGUACUUAUCUCAAUGACAAAGAUAGAAUAGAUUUUUACACAGAAUACUUUUGCAACAUCCUUGAGGCUAUGGAUGAAGUUAAAGUUAAAGGAAUCAUAUUGUGGAGUUUAAUGGAUAAUUUCGAAUGGAAUAGUGGCUACACUGCUCACUUUGGGGUAUAUCACGUUGAUUUUCAAAAUCCAAACAGAACCAGAACCCCUAAAGAAUCUGCAGGAUUUGUGAAAAAAUUAUCCAAAGACAAAACGUUGUCUUGCGGUAAUCCAAGUAAAUACAGAUCAGUUCCAAUGGCACUUCCUAAAUGGACACCAAAUGCUAAUGUUUCCAUAUGGAAUAACGGUACUGGAAAUAGAAACCAUACAAAUCCAGGAACGACACCAACUCCUUUACGUAAUAAUAACAAUGGAAAUGGCAAUGGAAAUAGGGGUAAAAACAAAGAUUGUUAAAGUAAAAGAUCCUAUCAGUAUUCUUUAAGUAUCACAAAUUACUUAAAUUGUUUUGUUUUUUUUUUGUUUCAAAAUUCAGAAGUUUACCAUUGUUACUUACCAUUGUUACAUAUUGUUAUUUAUUAUUAAAAAUUAAUAAACGAUUAAAAUAUA